AUGGAAGAAGAAGACCAACAAAACCCACAACAGAGAAGCUACUGGAGCAGAUGGAGCAAACACGACUUUUUCCCAGAACCCACAUUCCAAAACUUAUCUUCAUACAAAGACGCACUUUCCCACACUCCUUCUCGCCUCAAAGACCGUCUUCUCCACCGCUCCUCUGACUCCUUUGAGCUCCUUCAGCUCCCGAAACAGAGUGAGAAUCGCAUGAAGCGUUGCCUCACUUGGUGGGACUUGGUCUGGCUCGGCUUCGGCUCUGUUGUUGGUUCAGGCAUUUUUGUAAUCACUGGCGAGGCAACCCGUGACUAUGCUGGGCCUUCCAUUGUUCUCUCCUACGCCAUCUCUGGUUUCUCUGCUUUGCUCUCAGUUUUGUGCUACACAGAGUUCGCUGUUGAAAUCCCGGUUGCAGGCGGGUCCUUUUCGUACCUUCGAAUCGAAUUGGGGGACUUUGUGGCUUUCAUAGCAGCUGGGAAUAUUCUGCUGGAGGCCCUUCUUGGUUCAGCUGGACUGGGUCGUUCUUGGUCUUCUUACUUUGCCAGCAUGUUUAGGACUGAUGACACUGACUUUCUUCGAAUUCGGGUAAAAUCUUUGCCUGAUGGUUUUAAUCUCUUAGACCCAAUUGCCGUUGUGGUGCUUUUGGUUGCCAAUAGUAUUGCAAUGAGCGGGACAAGGAGGACUUCUGUGUUGAAUUGGAUUGCUUCUAUAGCUAGUGCUUUUAUUAUUGUGUUUAUAAUAAUUGUUGGGUUUGUUCGUGGCAACACUGCAAAUUUGACACCCUUUUUCCCAGAAGGAGCAGAGGGUUGUUUCAAGGCUGCAGCUAUUGUGUUCUGGUCUUAUACAGGUUUUGAUAUGGUUGCCAAUAUGGCUGAGGAAGCUAAGAAACCCUCAAGGGAUAUACCAGUAGGUUUGAUUGGUUCUAUGAGUUUGAUCACAGUGGUUUAUUGCUUGAUGGCUUUGGCACUGAGCAUGAUGCAGAAAUACACUGAAAUUGAUAGAGAUGCCGCUUAUUCGGUUGCUUUCGAAGCGAUUGGCAUGGAUUGGGCUAAGUAUUUAGUGAGUAUAUGUGCCCUCAAGGGAAUGACUACAAGCCUGCUGGUUGGGUCUAUGGGGCAAGCUAGGUAUACCACUCAGAUUGCAAGAGCUCAUAUGAUUCCGCCCUGGUUUGCUUUGGUUCACCCGAAAACCGGAACCCCUAUUUAUGCUACUGUCAUGGUGACCUUAGUUAGUGCAGUUGUAGCACUAUUCACUAGUCUGGAUGUGCUGUCCAGUGUCUUUUCUUUCAGUACGCUCUGCAUUUUUAUGUUUGUGGCUAUUGCAUUGCUUGUAAGGCGGUAUUAUGUUAAGGAUGCGACACCGAGGAAUGAUUUGGUCAAAUUUCUUAUAUGUUUGUUUGUUAUAAUUGGUUCUUCUAUUGGAGUUACAGUUCUUUGGAAUGCAGACAAGCGGGGGUGGAUUUGGUAUGUAGUUUUUGGUGUUAUUUGGUUAUUGGGGACUUUGUGGAUGGCAUUCCUUCCAAAGCACCGAGUUCCCAAAGUUUGGGGGGUUCCGCUUGUUCCUUGGUUGCCUGCAUUGUCAAUUGGAAUUAAUGUUUUCCUCAUUGGAUCUCUGGGUUAUGUUGCAUUCUUGAGGUUUCUCAUUUGCACUGCGGUUAUGGUUGCCUACUAUUUGCUAGUUGGUGUACAUGCAACAUAUGAUGUAGCUCACCAGUCCGAACAAGAAUCUAAAACUGAAGAGGGAAAUCAAAGUGCAAGCUAA